AUGUACGAAUUACCUAAUGAAGAUCCAGAUGAUUAUACUAAUCUUAUAGGAAAUCCAUAUGAAGUAAAUUUAAUAGAAGAUGAUUUUGAAGAUGAAUGCAAAACUUCAUAAUUUUUGUAGAAUGUUAUUAAAUAGCCAUAACAAAAUUUGUUUGAAUUAGAUAUCUCUUGUUAGGAAAAAGAUUAAUAAGAUGAUCCAAAUUCUUCACUCUCAUUAUUAGUAGAUCAGAUGUUAUUUUCAAUUUCUAGCAAUUAAGAAAUUCUUAAUAAUACAGUUCGUUUAGCAGAGGAUGAUGAUACAAUUGCAGAUACUAUUGAAGAAUUUGAAUUCCGAGAUUAUUAGAUAGAAUUAUAUGAAAAAGGAAUUGGUAAAAAUUCAAUUAUUUAUUUGGAAACUGGAUUAGGUAAAACAUUAGUUAUCAUAAUGCUUAUGUGGGAUAGAUUAUUAAAAUAUCCUAAAAAGAAGGUUCUAUUUUUAGCAAAUACUAUUUAAUUAGUUGAAUAAUAAGCAUAACAAAUUAAAUAAAAACUACCUAGAGUUGCUGAAUUAUUAAGUGAUGAUGAAAUAAUGGUAGAAAAGGCUAAAGAAUUUGGAUCUAAAUUGAAUGUGAUGCAUGGAAGUAAAUGUACAGAUAUAUGGAAUUAACUAAUGUGGUAAAUAAUGUUAGAAGAGAGUAAUAUUCUUGUUAUGACAACAUAGAUUUUCUUAAAUAUUUUAAGAAAAGGAUAUACAAAAAUCUCUAACUUCAGUUUUAUUGCUAUGGAUGAAUGUCAUAAUGCUGUCUAAGAUCAUCCUUACAAUUAUAUUCUUAAAGAGUUUUAUCUUAAAGCUAAAUAUUCUACUGAAAAUUAAUUUCUACCUUAAAUUGUUGGAACAACUGCUUCUCCUGUUAUGAAUAAUAAAUCAAUAGCAAAUAACUAACUUUUAUAAUAAUUAUUAUAACUUGCAGCAAAUAUGGAUGCUUAAUAUUUACAUGUUGAUAAUUUAGGAGUAAAAAAACAUAUUAAAGAAGCUAAAAUUAUGCCAGUUUUUUAUAAAAUGCUUUUUAAUGAUACUGAUAUCCAAAAAGUUAUUGACUUAAGAGCAACUCUCACACAUUGUGAAAAAAAUGAAAAUAAAGCUCUUGAUACUAUGAGAAGAAAUUCUUAUUUAUCGGAAUUUUUUUAAUUAAGGCAAUUAUUAGAAAAUUUUAAGAAAAAGUACUCUAAUGAUUUACAAACUAAAAUCUUAAUAGGACAAAUUGAAAAACAACUUCUUAUCAAUGGAUUCUAAAUGUACCUAGAAUUAGGAUAGUAUUUGUUUAGUAAUUAAUUUUAAUAUUUCUAUAGUUUUACUAUUAGAUUAUGUUAUUGUUAAACUUAAUGAUUUUUUAACAAUCAAAAGGCCUCCUAAUUAAAAUGCUUGCAUUGAAAUCUUAAGAAUGUUGUAAAAACUAUUUAAAGAUGUUUAAAUUAAAUAUUAUGACCUUUUCUAAUCUUCAACAUCAAAAGUCUAAGUUUUGUUUGGGAUUAUCAGAAAAGCAUAUUAAAAUGGUAAUGAAAAUAAUAUGAUUUUGAUUUUUGUUAAAUAAAGAUUGACAGCCUUUUUUUUAAAUAAAUUAUUAGAAGAAUAUUUGGCUAGAGAAAAGAUAGGUAUUAAUAAUUUUUAUGAUUUCAUAGACAUUAAAUCAAAUUUCAUUAUAGGACAUUGUUCUUCUAUUGUAAGAAAACAAACUAAUUCUUUAUUAAUUAAUGUUAUUGAAUCUAACAGAGAAGAUUAAGAUUUAUUAAUUAAAAAGUUAUAUGCAGAAUUAUAACAGGAUUAAAGCAAAUUUUCAAUAGAAUAACUCAAAGAUCAAGUAAACAGAUUAAAUAUAUUUGCUUAUAAUAUUAGUCCUUCAACCUAAAUUGAGAUUUUAAAUUAAUUUAGAUAAGGGAAAAUAAAAAUUUUAAUUUCCACAGCUGUUGCAGAGGAAGGUAUUGAUAUACCUAUGUGCAAUUAUGUGAUUGGAUUCAAUCCUAUAGCAAGUUCAAAGGCAUAUGUUUAAAUGAAAGGUAGAGCAAGAAAAGAAAAUUCAUAGUUUAUGAUCUUUAUGGUUGAUAAAGAUUAAUAAGCAAGAGUGUAAAGUCAUCAAUAAGUUUAAAACAACAUAAAAUAAAUUAUUGAAGAAUUGACAGCUCCUUAAAGACAAUAAAUGUUGACAAAAGCUAUGCAAACUUUAUGUAUUUGUUUAAUUUUAUAAUUGAGAGAGUAGAGUUCUAGAAAAUACAUAUUAUGAUUCAUUUUAAAUUGAAAGCACUGGAGCCUAAAUUAAUACUAAUUGGUCAUGUUAAUUAAUUCAAUAAUUAUGCUAAAAGUUUAAUUCCAAAGAAGUGGAGAGAGUUGUUCCUAAAUAUGCAAUUUAUUAAUUGUAAGGCAAUUCUUAAUAAAACGAAUAAUUUAUAUCAUUUUUACUCUUACCUAUUUCUUUAAAGAGUUUUAUUUUUUAUGGAAAACUUGCCCCAACAUCAAAAGAUUCAAAAGCAUCAGUCGCAUUUGAAGCAUCUAUGUAAUUAUAUUAAAAAGGAUAUCUUGAUGACAAUUUAUAAAUAAGUUUUGAUUCUGAUUUGGGUUAACAUAUUGGAGCAGAUUAAGAUGACUCUCAAAUUAUAAUGGUAACUAUUUUAAAAAUAUUUAUAGACUAGGGAAUAAUGGCAAAUAGCUUGUAAAUAUUCAUAAAGGCUUUUUCAUAGUUAAUCUACAAUGGGUGGUAAGAUAAAUUCUUAAAAAAGAUAUUACAAUAUUCUAUUUAAAACAAUCUUUCAAUCAAAAGAUUAAGAAUUUGAUGAUUUUUUAUAAUAUGAAAUUCUAUUUGAUAAUGAGAAUAUUUUCUUGAUUUUUCCAAAAUAAAUGCUUGAACAAAUCAAUAAAAGCUAAAACACUUUAACUGCUCUUGGCAUUUAAUUUUUAUCAAUAAAACAGAUUUCUAAAAAUCAAUAUAUUGAUUAUUAUAAAUAAUAUAUACAAUUGAUAAUAAAAGAAGAAAAUUUGAAGUUAAUAAGAGAUGACAUAUAUGCUGUUAUUAAUAAUUGUAAAACUCUCUAUAUUAUAUUUUAGAAUAUCAAAUAAAGAUAAAAAAUGAAUCUGAAUAGAAUUUGAAUAAGCUAAUAAUAUUAAAGGGUUAAGCCAAUAGUAAUUUAUCUUUAAAUUAUAUUAUGAAUUAAUUUGCUUUGAGAUUCAAAGUUGAUUUUUUAAAAGAUAAUAUAAUAGAUUAAAUAGAUAAGAAAAUUCCUGAAGGACCUUUGAAAAUAAAUCUAUAAAUAAACGAAGUUUUGAAUUAAAUCAGUAAGUAUAUAAAAAGUCUCACAUCUCUUAAGUUUAAUUUUCAAAAUAACUAAGUAGGAUCAAAAAUGAAUUUCAUAAAACAUAACGUAGUUGAUAAUAUCUAGAAUGUAAAUAUAAAAGAGAGACUUGAUGAUAUUUUAUUUCAAUCCUUAGAUUUACAAUCUCAUAAUCAUAAUAACUUAUUGUUAGGACUGCAAUAUUACAAAUUUUUAAUGGCAGUUUUAUUAUAUGCAAAUUAUUUUCAUAAUGAUAUAAAUAUUACACAAGCUAAAAAGAAGACAUAUACAAGAAGUACAUAUGUUAGAAAUUGUUUACUUGAAUCUCAUCUCUUUUUCUAUUUACAUAAAAAGGAUUAAGAUGAUAUUACAAAAACUUUUAUAGGACUUGAGAGGUAUUAAGAUAACUUUGAUUUGAUGAUGGAAUAAGUAAUUUUGGAUGAUAUUUCAGUUACUAAAAGAAGAUCAUUUAAAAGUACAAUUUAAAAUAAGAUUCAUUUUUCAAAUUAAGAAUUUUUUUAAUUUAUACAAUAAUCACUAUUUAUGCUUUAAGAUGAAGAUGAUUAUCUUGAAAAUGGAUUUACUUGGCUUAGAAUAUUUAAAAUCACAAUUCCAAUGAAGAUACAUUUGAGUUCAUCAAAAAGCUUAUAAGAAUAUUUACCUGAAGUUGUACCUUUAAAUGAUCUAACUUAAUAGGUUAAAAUAGCAUUCUCUUCACUUGAAUAACGAAUUAAAUAUUAAUUUAAACAUUUUGAACUUUUAUUUUAAGCUAUGACUGAUAUUUCAUUUAAAUUUGUUAUUAAUAACAAAGUAAGGUAUAAGUAUUAUGAAUAAUUCUCAUAAAAAUAAGAAUUUUAGGGAUUUAUAACAGAAUAAUAAUGGAAUGAAUAUAAAAUGUAAUUUGAAAAUAUGAAUGAAACAGACUAAAAUAAUUUCGAAAAUUCUUUAUUAGGAAUGUUAGGUGAGACUUUAUGGAAUUAUAAAUUAAUAAAAUUCUUAAAUGAAAAAAAUUAAGGUAAAAACUAAAAAAAUAUUAUAGAUUGUUUUGUAAUAAGAAUUUUAGGUAAAAUUUUAUAGAAAACUUCUUUUAUUGGAUAUCUAGCAAUUUAUCUUCAAUUGCACAAUUACCUUAAUAGCAGUUACUAAUCUGCCCUUUUUGAUUUAGCUAAUGAAAUUGAAAAAUGUAAAGAUGAACCAUUAGCAUUUAAAAUUGAUAAAAUUAAAAAAUCUCCAGUCACUUAAUCUUUAUAAAAUGCUUUUUAUGCUCUUGUUGGUGCUAUUUAUCUUGAUUCUAAUUGUAAUUUAAAUAUUGUUACUUAAUGGAUGAAAAUUAUACUAGAGGAAGUAAAAGUUGAAUAAUUAUAUUCGCAAGAUUAUAUUAAAAGAUAACCUAAAUAUUAAUUUUAUUAAUGGUAUAUAUAUCAAUUUAAAUUAAAGGUAUUUAGAUAAGAUAGGUAAUCCAUUUAAUUUUAAUCUAAUUAAAAUUCCACAUUAAGAUUAUAAAAAAGUAACACAAGGAUAAAACUUGUUUAUUCCUUAUGAUAUGCUAGAAGCAUAAAUAGUAAAUGUAAAGAGAGAUAAAUAUUAUGAAAUAUCUUAAUUGCACAUUUAUGCUAAGAAUAAAGGGUAAGCAUGGGAAAAAUUAUAUGAAAUAAUUGAUUAUUGA